AGGGGGUGUGCGUGUGUGGUUUGGGACGCCAGGCUAACGCUAGCACCGAAGGGGACAACACGGCGCUAACGCUGUCUACAAUUUAUUCCCACUUCAUUUUGAUACAACUUCAAGUAAAUUCAUUUCGCCCUUUGAAGAGGAUUCAUCCUUUGCCACCAUCGGUUUGGUCUUUCUGGUCUUUGAGCUGAGUCUUACAUCCUUGGACUCUCCCUUUUCUCUUGGAGGCCGGGCGGACUUUUUUCAUUAGCAGCAGUCUUACACUGCACUGUCUGUCUCUCACUGUCUUUGGAGCGCCACCAUAUACACACCCAUCCACACACACACAUACACAAACGCAAGCACGCACACAACACUCUUGCACCUGUUUCCUUGGCGAUGUCCCAGAAGAUUCCGGGCGACAGCGGUCAAAAGGGCUUUGCGGUGGGGCGCGGGCUGCUUGCCGCGGCUGAAACCCUGAACUUCAGCAUGGGCGAUCCCGGCUCUGGAGGUAUGUACGGCUCCGCUUCCCGGCCCGUGGGCGGCAUGCCCAGAGGUGGUCCUGGCGGCGGCGGCCUCGGUGCCGGUGGUGGUGGCGGCAUUGGACAAGGCCCCAAAGAUCCGCAGCACGACCCCCAGCUGUCUCGACGAGUGGGUAGCCACCUUGGCAGCACCAUGAAGCUGUUCGCCAGCCUGGGCCUGUCGCCCGCAGACCUGGACGAGCUGGCUCAGAUCCCUGAGGACAGCAUCAGCGUGGAAACGUUGCCCACUCUUAUCAUGCAGCUUAAGAACCGCAAGAUGGACACUGGCGCCGGCCGCCGCAUGUCCGACCCCCACCGGGACAUGUCCUCCGCCCUCUCCCAGGAAACGUCCUACCGGCCCGGCCGGGACAACUGGGCCGACAUGCAAGACUCCCACCACCACCACCACCACCACCACCUGGAGUCUUCUCCCAUGGGCCAUGGCUCGGGCCGCGGCAACGUGGCCCAGAGCGACUUCGGUUACGGUUCCAUGCAAGACAUGCCGCCUCCUCUAGGGGGCGUCGGUGGUGGUGGCGGCGUCGGCGGCGGCUACGACAGCAUCGAUUACGGUCACAGCUCAGGCGGCGGCGCCAGCAUUGGCGGCCGGGAGCGUCAGUAUUCCGAGCUUUCCCACGACUCUUACCGUGGGCUGGGCAUGGGCACGUCCAUGUCCAUGUCCACCCCCGACAGCAUGCUUAUGCAGCGCCGGAUGGGCUCCCCAUCCCAUGGUAAAGUGCAGGACUUCAUGGGAGCCAUGCCCCACAUGUUCCCACAUGUCUGUUCCCUUUGUGACUUUGACGUGCAUUCCACCAUGGAGUGGAACCAGCACACCAAUGGCUUACGGCACUCGGAGAACUGCAGACUCCUCCUGCAGAUGUAUCCGGAAUGGGAUCCUCAUAUGCCCUCCAACAGAGGCGCUGGUCUGCAUUCGAUGGACCCGUCCGGCCGCUCCGAUGGUCUACUGGGAGCGGCACCACAAGGAGGGGGAAUGGGCUCCAACUGGGGUUCUGACACAGGAGGUUAUGGAGGCUAUUCCAACAAACAACAGGCACUUGCUCCACAUGGAAAGGUCCGAAGAGGGCGCGUGAUUGUGGUAAAAUAUGACAGAAAGCCACAGCCCACAAACAGCCUGUUCGCCCUGGCAAAGCCCUUUGGUACAGUCCGGGAGAAUCUUGUGCUCAAAAAGAAGGCGUUUCUUGAGCUGGCGACCCACGAGGAGGCUAAGGCCAUGGCUGAUUUCUACCAGAGGAAGCCCGCCAUGGUGAACGGGAAGGAAGUCCAGCUCUAUCUAUCCAGAGAAAUCGCCGUCAUCGAUAAAACUCUGCAGUCGGACCCGCUGGAGCAGAAGGGGGACCGGCGGAGUCAGGUGGUGUUCUUCUCCAACCUCCGCAGAGACAUGAACAAGUCACAGCUGUUGUCCGUUUGCCAGCAGUUUGGCACCGUGGAGAAGCACCUGUUCUUGGCCGGCGAGGCCUUUGUUCAGAUGAAGACUCCCAACGAUGCGGAGAUGCUAGUGAAAUACUACACCCUGAACCCUCUCAGCAUCAAGGGCAAAAACAUCCGCUUGAACAUCUGCACCAAAUACAAGACUCUCACGGUACACCAGGGCCGGGCUGGCCAGGGCAAGCAGGACGGAAAGGGCAACAACUCGGGCUCUAAGGCCUCCUCCACCAAAGGCCAGAGGUCCUCCUCCUCCAGGGCCAAAGACGCCUCCUCCGACAAGGCAGACACGUCCCAAGACAAGAACAAGGAGAUGGAGGAGGACGAGGAGGAGGGAGCCCAGGGCGAGGAGGGCUCAGGAGAUGAGGUGGCCGGGGUGAUGGAGGGAGACGAGCAGGAGGAGGAGGAAGGAGGAGACGAGGAGCAGGGUGAUGAUGAUGAGGAGGACAUGGAGCAGGAUGGGGCUGAGGAGUCGGCAGAGCAGCAGGAGGCCAACAAGGCAGAUCCGGAGGAAAACGCUGAGGUGGGGGGAGACGCCAACACCUGCUCUGCAGAGGUCCAGGGCGAUGGAGAUGAAAAGGGGCAGGAGCAGAGUCAAGAAGAGGAAAAGGGUGACGGUGAGGAGGAUCAGAAGGAGAAGGAGGCUGCUUCUUCUCAGGAUGAGGCUGCCAUGGAGGAGACUGCUGGUGCUGAUCAGGAGGCGUCCACAGAGGCAGCCAAAGACCCAGAGGCAGAGGAGGGGCCCCAGGAUGACAGUCUGGCUGACGAUCCUUCUGAAGAUCAGUGUGGUGAACCUGAUUUCCCUGAGAACAUGGACGACUUUGUUACUCUGGACGAGCUGGCUGAGGAGGAGGAUGGCGACAGGCACGACUCCAAGUCGAGGGGGAGGGACUCGUCAGGAAGCUCAAGGAAAAGUGGGGGACUUCGUGUGGUCAAUGUGGUGGGAUUCAGAAGAGGCAUCAACUACCUGGAUGAGAUCCUGUCCUUGGCCAAGCCAUUUGGGAAGGUGGUUCGACACCUGGUUCUGAACGUGCGGCCUGAGGCUUUCCUCGAGCUUUCAACUGAACAGGAAGCAAGGUCAAUGGUCAGCUUCUACAACAGCAACGUCACUCCAUCAGUGUGUGGGAAAGCAGUGAAGAUUUAUCACUCGCAGACAUACGCGACUAUUCAGAGUGGCAAAGUCAUCUACGUCGGGCAGAUUCCUUACUUCAAGACGUCUGAUGCUACCCUGCUGAAAAUUGCAGAGCCAUUUGGAAAGAUCCGACGCUACUACAUGAACCGAUCUCGGAAUGAGUGUUUCAUUGAAAUGGAAAACGGGGAAGAUGCAGAGAGCAUGGCAGACGCCUACAAGACGAAUCCUCCUAAAUUCCAAGGAAAACGUCUCACGGUGUACAUGAGCAGGAAAUACAAACAGCUCAAACAUGGGCAUAGACCACCAAGCCCGGAGCCCGAGGAGAAGCGAGCGCCAAAGAGGGAGCGGACGACGGACGAGGGCAAGAGCUCCACCAGCGACUCUCCUUCCAAGCCCUCCUCCACCACCUCCUCCACCACCUCCUCCGCAGCCAAGAAGGACGAGCAGCAGCCGCCUCCUGCCAAGAAGGCCAAGGAGGACAAGAAGGAGGCUGAGCAGCCGCAGCAGCAGACGCCCGAUGAGACCCCCACAUCGGAAACCACACAACCACCAGCAACCGGCGAAGCGAUGACCAACGGGGCUGAUCUGAAAAAAGAAACUGCAGAGAGCGAUGUGACGCCACUCGACAGCACCGCCGACCAGAAAACAAAAAUUGAAGAGGACGUCAAGCAGGAGGAGCUGGAACCCCCAGUGAAGUCUGCCAGUGUGGACGCCCCGAAGCCAGAGGAGGCGACGCCCAGCGAGGCAGCCGAAAAGAGGCCAGAGGUCACCCAGCUCCCUCUAGAUCCGCACGACCCAAGCACACCCAUCGGUGUGGAGUUUGUGAAGAUGGGCUACUACUGCAGGGUCUGCUUCCUGUUCUACUCCAACGAGGAGACCGCCAAGAAGGUCCACUGCAGCAGCAAGGGCCACUAUGAAAAACUCAAGAAACACCUGGAGAAGGAAAAGGCAAAAUCUCAGAGCUCAAACUCAAAGAAUUGAAUAUCAUCUUUUUAGUUUUUCUGUUUCUUUUGUAAAGUUUUAGAAUUUUGUUCAUUGUUUUCAUUGAAAUGUUAGAAAAAACGGCUCUUCUGUGUUUUAUACUUGUGCUUACUGAGGGAAAAUGAAACGGUUUGCAUAAUAAAACGAUGCUCUAAGCUUGUUCUAAAAACUGCUUCCUUUGUUGAAUGUAAGGUUUGUUUUAGUGUACUGUAACAUUUACUACUUUUGGUUGUUUUUGUGGCUUUUAGUGUCACAUUACUUACAUUUAUUGAUGAAUGUACCAAAAGAAAAAUUUGAUGUGAGAGGAACUUUUCAUAGUUUUCCGUUUUCCCCCCUUUCAAAUGGACAGUGUUCUUUUUAAACUCAAGUGUGAAACUACUAGACUUGAGGUCAUCACUUACCACUUGUUUAAACGGAUGAUUGCACCAUCGUGAUGCAACUAUGGAUCAAAGAUGAGAUGUAUUGACCAAAUUAUGCCAAUGUAUUUCUAUUUUCUAUGGAAAGAAUAAAAAUAAAAUAAAAUCUU